GAUUUCUUGAUAGAUCCUGCUUGAAACCACAGAUUCUAUUUCUUCUCAAGUUUCAUCGACGUAUCGUCAAUUCCCUUAAGAACUCAGGUCUGGCUUUUGUCGGCAAUGCAAUUGGAGUCAAAGCUCUUGUUAUGGUGAAGCACUGAAGUUCUAGCUUAGAACAAGCCAUAACUUUUGAAAAUUACCCUAUCAAGCUUCGUUCAUAUUUUUUUGGUUUUAAGUUUGAUUGAGAGUAAAGGAUGGCAUCUUCGUGGGAACAUUUUGGAGAAAUCGCAAACGUAGCCCAGCUUGCGGGCUUUGAUGCUGUGCGGUUAAUAGCUAUGAUAGUUAAAGCUGCAAGCACAGCACGAAUGCAUAGGAAGAGUUGUAGGCAAUUUGCUCAGCAUCUGAAGUUGAUCGGUAACUUGCUGGAGCAGCUUAAGAUAUCAGAGCUUAAAAGGUAUCCCGAGACGAGGGAGCCGUUGGAGCAGCUUGAGGAUGCAUUGAGGAGGUCUUACAUUUUGGUGAAUAGCUGUCAGGAGAGGAGCUACCUGUAUGUUCUGGCCAUGGGGUGGAACAUUGUUUAUCAAUUUAGGAAGGCUCAGAAUGAAAUAGACCAAUAUUUGAAGCUUGUUCCUCUUAUCACUCUGGUGGAUAAUGCUCGAGUCAGGGAGAGGCUAGAAGUUAUUGAGAAAGAUCAACACGAGUACACGUUGGAUGAAGAGGAUAGAAGGGUGCAAGAUGUUAUAAUGAAACCAGAACCCUCAAAAAAUGAUGCCAUUAUUUUGAAGAAAACUCUUUCUUCUUCGUACCCAAACAUGGGUUUUAAUGAAGCACUGCAAAAGGAAAAUGGGAAGCUUCGAUUGGAACUACACCGUUCGCAGUCUAAUUAUGAUGUGAAGCAGUGUGAAGUAAUCCAGCAUUUGCUUGAGGUAACAGAAGUUGCUGCAACUUCUGUUACAGAGAAGAGUUCAUCCACGAAAGGGUCUAAGAAAGUGGAGCGUAAUUACUCAGAUGCCAAUAGUGAGAAAGAUCAUUCCUAUGAUGCAAACUCCCCUAAGAACUCCGAUUCUUGCACAACUUCAAGAAACACUUCAGUUUCAUCAGGACAUGAUCUGCUCUCCCAUAGAAGUUCACAUCGGUAUGAAGAAUGGAAUGCUGAUUUACUUGGUUGUUGCUCGGAACCAUCUCUAUGUAUAAAGACAUUCUUCUAUCCUUGUGGUACAUUUUCAAAGAUUGCUACUGUUGCAACAAACAGGCAUAUGUCUUCUGCAGAAGCAUGCAACGAAUUAAUGGCGUAUUCAUUGAUAUUGUCAUGCUGUUGCUACACUUGCUGUGUUAGAAGGAAGCUUCGCAAGACGUUGAACAUUACGGGUGGCUUUAUUGAUGAUUUCCUUUCGCAUUUGAUGUGCUGCUGUUGUGCCCUUGUUCAAGAAUGGCGAGAAGUAGAGAUGCGUGGGAUCUAUGGUUCAGAGAAGACUAAAACAAGCCCUCCACCAUCACAGUUUAUGGAAUCGUGAAAGACAAUGUUCUCUUGGGAGCUUUGUACUAAAAGCUUGCUUCCCAGCGUUUGAAUCUACAGAUAUAUAUAUGUAAAUUAGUGAAAUUAUUAUUGGAGACUGAACAUAUAUUUUUGCUGUAUCAGACCUGAUUUUCAGUUA